AUGGGAUUAAUAUCAGCUUUAUGUUGUACAGAAGAAAAUAGUUCAGAAGAUCAAAAUUUAACAAAUCAAUCACAAAGAUAUAAUCAAAAUAGAAAAAGAAAUAUUACAAAAGAUAAUAAUACAAAGAUUAGUUCUAAUAAUACAAAUAUAACUAAAUCAAAGACUUCUUCUGGUACUACUAAAAAUAAUAUAACAACAACAAAUACAAACACAGCAAGCGCGAAACAAUUAAAAAAUAAAAGGGGUACUACUGAUACUAAUUUAUUAAAAGAUAAUAAUAAUAACAAUAAUAAUAUUACUACUGAAAUUCCAAUAAAUUUAAAAAAUUCUAUUGAAGAUCAAAAUAAUAAUAAUAAUAAUAACAGUUUAAAUAGUAACAGAACAUCAACAAGUAAAUUUACAGAAGUUUCUGAAAAGGAAAAAAAUAUUAUUGAAAGAAAUUCCGACGAAGAAGAUAGUACAGAAAAGGAAAAGACAAGUACUAAAAUGACAGCAUAUUAUAAUUCUGAAUCAUCACAAGGUAAUGAACAUUCUUCUUAUACAGAUACAUUUGAUGAUGCAAAUUCAAUUAAAAUUGAAGAUUCAUCAAAUAUAAUAACAACAACAAAUUUAAAUAAUCAAAAUGAUAAUAGUAUAAUAUCUGAAUCAAUUAAUAAUAAUCCAAAUAGUGAUGAAGAUUAUGAUAUGACAGAUGAAAAUCAUAAUAUAACAAACGUUUCGACACCUAUUAUUAAUGAACAACCUUCAAUUCGUGAUAAUUCAAUUUCAAAUAAUGAUGAACAACCAAAUAAUGACCAAUUAUAUACACAACAACAAACAGAAUAUUCUAAUAAUACAAUAAGUCCGUCAGAUAAACAAACUGAACAACAAUUGUAUUCUAAUGCUAAUGAUGUUCAAAAUGAUAUGGAUUAUAACAUGGUAUCAAAUUAUGAAGAUUCUGAAGAAUAUGUUGAUUUAACAGAAUUACAACCUGAUCAAUAUCAUGCAGCUGGGUUUAAUACACUUUUACCACCUAUAACAAAAUCUUUUAAACAUAAAAAAUGUUUAGUAUUAGAUUUAGAUGAAACUUUAGUUCAUUCAUCAUUUAAAUAUUUACGCUCAGCCGAUUUUGUUUUACCAGUUGAUAUUGAUGAUCAAAUACAUAAUGUUUAUGUUAUUAAGAGACCAGGUGUUGAUGAAUUUUUAAAAAGAGUUGGUGAAUUAUAUGAAGUAGUAGUCUUUACAGCAAGUGUCUCCAGAUAUGGUGAUCCUUUAUUAGAUAAAUUAGACAUCAACAAAGCUAUUCAUCAUAGACUCUUUAGAGAAGCUUGUUAUAAUUAUGAAGGAAAUUAUAUUAAAAAUUUAUCUCAAAUUGGUAGACCACUUUCUGAUAUUAUUAUACUUGAUAAUUCACCUGCAUCAUACAUUUUCCAUCCACAACAUGCAAUUCCAAUAUCAUCAUGGUUUUCUGAUACUCAUGACAAUGAAUUAUUAGAUAUCAUACCUUUACUAGAAGAUUUAUCCAAAGAAAAUGUUUUGGAUGUAGGUAAAGUUUUGGAUGUUUCCAUAUGA